CUGAACUGUGUGUAGGUGAGUGUUUGGGUCAGAGCCGCCCACCAGCCUGAACACACGACAGUGAGAGAGAACAAGACCAUCAACGAAACUGAGAGGAGCUUGAACUAACAGGUCAGUGGUGGUGAAGCUGAGUGAUGGAGCUGAAGGUGUGGGUGGACGGAGUGGUCCGAGUCGUGUGUGGCCUCUCACUGAACACUUCCUGUCAGGAUGUUGUCAUCGCUCUUGCACAAGCACUUGGUCAGACAGGACGUUACCUUCUCACCCUGAAGGUACGAGGGACUGAGAGACAGCUGAUUGCUGAUGACUGUCCUCUUCAACAUCUGGCUCAGCUGGGACAGCUGGCUGGAGAGGUCCAGUUCACUCUGCGGAGGACCGGUCCCAGCCUCAGUGAUGGUCCAGACACACAUAACAGGGAGAGAAUUCUCCCUCUGCCCAGACCAUCAGAACCAGAGCCGCUCAAACGCAGAGAGCCCCAGAAGGCUCUCACCUUCAGUCUUGGACCCUCAACACAUCCCAAGAGGACUAAACCCAACAGGGCCUGGUCUCCAUCCCCCCGGGCCUCCCCUGAACCAAGAGCUUCCCCUGUCUCUUUCCUAGAUCCUGUAGUUCCCUCCUCCUCCUCCUCCUCCAAAGAGGAAGUGUUCAGGCAGAUUCUGCAGCAACAAAGGAGGCUGCAAGACCUGGAGGUUCAGCUUCAAGCUCUGGAGAGAGAGGUGUGGGAUCAGGAGACGUCGUCUGCUAUAGUUCCCGGUCUGACUGUGGUCCCAGCAGGGGAACUGGAGGAACUGGAGCAGCAGCUGAGGCAGAACGAGGCAGAGCUGAUGUUUGGAGAGCAAUGGGAGGAAGAGCUUCAGGCAGAGGUCAACAGAGAACAAGAUAUGCAGAGACGACUGCACCAGAUACAUUCAUCAGUGGAUGAUCACAGCCAGCACAUUAAGGAGCUCCAAUCCCGCUUUGCACACCUGGAACAGGAUCUUAAAGUCAGAGCCCACAGAGAAAACUCUCGACUGGCCGCCCUGCAGCCAGACGAGGUCCUGAUGCCCCUGAAGCAGGAGCUGCACCACCGCCAGCAGCAGGGAGACGAGAUGGACGCAGUGCUGUCAGAGACGCAGAGGGAGAUGCAGGCUGCAGAGGAAAGGUUGCGGGUGAGAUGGGAGAUGGAGGAGGAGCUGAAGAAAGAGCUGAGACAGUGUAAACUGCAGCAGUUUAUCCUGCAGAGCAGCAGUCCACACGCAGACCAGACCAACUCUCUGCUGGUCUCUGAUGGUUUCCUCAGCACCGCUGGUAUCAUGGAGUAGCAGCCGCUGAGUUUCUGACGCCAUGAAGUUAAAACUGUUCUCUGAAACCUCCAAGACCCGUCCAGACCAUCAAUACUGUGUGUGUGUGUGUGUUUGUGUGUGUGCGCGCGCGCGCGUGUGUGUGUGUGUGUGUGUGUGUGCCCGUGUGUGUGUGUGUG